AUCUAAAUCCACACACUUACCCCAGAGACACUUGUCGGUUCAUGCUUACUGAUGCCAUACCGACAAUAGCCAAGAUAUGCAGUCAGCUUGGAGGUUCAACAGCUCGUCUGUUGGAAUCUACAGAAGACCAGCUGAGACAACUAGCCUCGUGGGAUGAGUAACUACCAGAUUCUUCGACUUCACAUCCACAGCUGCCCAUUGUUGGGUUAGCUGGACUACAAAUUGGCACUGUCUCCAGUCCGCUGUCCCUUCCUAACAGAGGCACCUGUUCCUGGUGGCACAGUUCCUGGUGGCAUUCAGAGUGCCAGGGAAAGCAACAGGAGGAGGAAGAGUGGAGCAGGUCUGAGAAGCAGAAGCGCAUCUGGUGGUGACCAUCGCUAGGAAGAGAAGGAGGCAAGGAUCGGUCCAGGAGAAAUGAUGUCCAAAGUCAAACAAGUCAUACAAGAUCUCACUGUGGAGAAAGACAAAGGUGGGGAGGCCUCCAGACACAGUGAAGAAGAAUCCCACCUUCUGGAAGAGGUAGAGACCAAGAAUCCUGGAGGUUAUGUCAAAAGGAAAGUCAGGCGACUUGUGUGUAACUUUAGAUGGCCCACACCCAACAGACAUGUUGAUCACAGUGAAGGGAGAGAGGAUGCUGGGAGAUUUGUAGGGCAGGAGACAGAAGCCAAGAGAAAGAGUCAGGAGCAGUGGAUGAGGUUUUCCAAGUGGUUCCUCACACCGGAAUCUGACAGUCAUUACAACUUAGGCCUCAUUCCUUGAAAUCUAAGAUUUUCUCUGGGCUCAUAAAGUGACUACUGUUUUACAAGCUUGUAUUUAGUGGGCUAUUUUUUCUAAACUUUCCAUGUUUCCACUUAACGGUUUCUACGUAAAUAUUGUUUACUUGUUGCAUUUAGUUCUAAACAUUCCUACCAGCAUGGAAAUUUAACCCAUUUUAGAAAAAAAAACCCUCCUUUUUCAUAAUUUGAAAUUAAUAAAGCAGUUUA